CAGCGUGAACUCACCGGCAACAAGCUGCGUUGAGUGAAUUUUUCGUCGUUCAAACCUUCCGCCAUCCACAAUGUCUGACGCCGGAGACGCUGAGCUCGGCUUGCUCGCCCAAACAGCCAGCUUUGCCUUCGACACGCUCGUCAGCGUGCUUAUUCCCAACCUCAGCUCUGUCCUCGUCUUCAGCCCCGUCGCGUCUGCCAUCACUCUGUACAACGUGCAGCGCGUUGCCGACCUGCCAAAGCUUGGCCAGCAGCAGCAGCGAUCGACCUCAUCCUCCUCCUCCUCCUCCUCCUCCUCCUCCUCUGCUGACGCCGACACCCAUGCUGCUGCUGAUGAUGCUGCACAUCUGCCGACGACCGUCACGCUGCCAGUCACGGGCGUGUGGUCGGCGCUCGGGCGGCUGCGCGGCUUCCCCGGCCUGCCCGUCGUCGGAGGUCUCUACCGCGGCGCCGCUGCGUCGUGGCUGCACCAGGUGCUCGGUGAGACGCUGCAGGCCACGCUCCAGGCAGUGCUCAAGUACGCCACGGGCGCAACGUACGAAAACCUGUUCGAUCCCGAGGUGGACCAGGCACUCAUGCGCCAGCCACGCGAGGUCCAGAUCCAAGUCCUCCGCGCCAUGUACCAGGAGCACGUCGAUGCAGAGCUCAUCCUUCCGCCUGCGUCCAUGCUCUCGGCCUUUGCCAGCCACUUUUUGGCCGAAAUAGCCGUCCAGCCGCUCCAGAUGGUUGUCGUUCGUCAACAAGCCCGCCACCCGUCGUCACCCUAUGUUGGCCUUGUCGAUAUGCUGAAGCAGGUGUACGCCAAGCGUGGACUUCGCGGUCUGUUCCCAGCUCCGGAUGCCGUUGCGUUGAAGUCGUGCAUUACAACCCUCGGCGAGACUACCAUGCCCGUCGUGUUCCGCAAGCUGUUUGGCAUCGACCCUGCCCCGGCAGUCAUUCUUGUUGCCCAAGCUGGCGUCACUAUCUCGUUUGCUCUCGUGCUGGCUGCUCUGAACAAGACCACGCACCGCAUGCUGCUCCAAGGGGCCUACGAGGACCAUCCCGGCUUCCGCGCCGCCGUCCCAGUCAACCCUCGCGCAACUCCUUACAGGAGCGCGGUCGACUGCAUCGUUCGCACCACUGCCGAGGAAGGAUUGUCCUCACUCCUCAGCAACGCGCCGGUGAAGCUUGCUGGCGAGCUGCUUUCGCUCGGUCUGAACGCGCUUGAUUAAAGGAAAAGAUACAGUCGAAGGAAACAAGCAAACCAAAGGAUGACAAGAAACAGUCUCGAGCAAGAAUUUGAGACGCACAAAACGAGGCGCACUGAAUUCGGGCUUUCGUUGUUUUGUUGUUCUGUGCGCUGUUCGCCAUUGUUCGUGUGUUUGUUUGUUUGGUUUUUGUUCAUCGUUGGCUGUCGUUGCAUCAAAUCCAUUCCAUCAUCUGUCUGCCCACCUGUGUGCUCGUGCUGUUUGAUGAGGACUUCUUUCG